UGCUUAGUAUACCUAGCGAACCUGCUGUGACAGUGUUUGUAUGGUGUCUUCACACUGUCCUUUUAAAAGUUUAAGGACUGCUUAGCCACAUGCCCACCUACUGUGCUAGCACUGCUCUACAUGUAACCGUUUUCCAACAGCUAUUUCCUUCUCUGAUUUUCUGAACACCAGGUGAUCCCUGUGUAUUUGAGCCAGAAUUAUGGGAUUGUUUGACAAGCUAGCGGGAUGGCUCGGGCUGAAGAAAAAGGAGGUUCAUGUUCUGUGCCUUGGCUUGGACAAUAGCGGCAAAACAACAAUCAUAAAUAAACUUAAACCUUCAAAUGCUCAAAUUCAAGACAUUGUUCCAACAAUAGGAUUCAGUAUAGAGAAGUUCAAGACUUCAAGUCUGUCUUUCACAGUGUUUGAUAUGUCAGGUCAAGGGAGAUACAGAAACCUCUGGGAACAUUACUACAAAGAAGGCCAAGCUAUUAUUUUUGUCAUUGAUAGCAGUGACAAAUUAAGAAUGGUUGUGGCCAAAGAAGAACUUGACACCCUUCUGAAUCAUCCAGAUAUUAAGCACCGUCGACUGCCUAUUCUCUUCUUUGCUAACAAGAUGGACCUCAGGGACGCAAUAUCAUCUGUGAAAGUAUCUCAGUUGCUGUCAUUAGAAAACAUCAAAGACAAGCCCUGGCAUAUCUGUGCCAGUGAUGCUCUUAAAGGAGAAGGAUUGCAAGAAGGUGUGGAUUGGCUCCAAGAUCAGAUUCAAGCAAUGAAGACAUGAGAGAGAAAUAAAAGAUGUAUGGCGUUCUUUUACAGACUUUGUCAGUAGGUGUACAAGUUCCUUGGAAAGGAAGAAUGAUUUAAAGAAAAUGAACAGUUCAGCUAAAAUAUACUGUGUUGACUUGAUUCCUUUUAGUAUCUCUUCCAGGAAAACUGAAUGUAGACAACAUAGCACCUCAGGUAUGCACACUGAUGAAUUAAAUUGAAUCUUGUGACUGGAGAGCAUAUUUUAAAAAAAGAUUUUUGUUAACAAUAAACAUCUGCAUUCAUUUGAGUUUUAGGUGAUAAUUAGCCAUCAGGAAAUGCCUCUCUGUUUUUUGGGGGGACACCUUUUGACCAAACAGGAAUAUUUCUUUUCCUGAGAAAAAAUAAUCAGCACUUCCUGAAAUACAGCUGCAUGAGAUACCUACUGAUUUUAGGUGCCCAUUUUUAGGUAUUUCUGCAAUUUUUUUUAUUGUAAAGUUUGAUGUUGGGUUUUUAGUAACCAUCUACAGUAGGCUUCUAGAGGAAUAUUUUGAUUUAAGAUACAAGGAUUCAAAUAUUCAGUGUAUUUGUUAUAUAUGAUUGCAGAUGUUUUUAAGGAACUGCUUUUAAUGAAAUGUUAUGACUUGUUUUUGUGAUAUGCCAUGGUUAUAUUUGCAUUCCCAUCAAUAAAACUUCAAAUAUACAACA